GGAAAAAAAAAAACGGAGCAUCGGGUGCCCGUCGCCCCGUCUGCCCCCCGCCCCCGUCCGUCCUCCCUCCUCUCCCCGCCUCGCCGGUCGCCUUCUCCCCUCCUCCCUGCGAGCUCGGGCUCAAACCAAACCAAACCCCCUGCUAGGGUUUGCGCUCCGGGCAUGAUCUCCUUGUAGCCACCACCUUCCAUGGCCUAGCCGUCUCCUGCUGGCCAUGACCGCUUCGGCUUCCGCGCUCUUACACUACAGCCGCAAGCGCCAGCUCGACGCUCCCCCCCUGCCCCGCCACUUCAACGGCCCGCAGAGCCACACCCGCCUAAGCCAGCGCCUCCACCGGUUCUUGCAGCUACCACCGGAGGCGAGGUUCCUCGCUUUCGACAUGGGCAAUUACAUCUCCAGCUCCAGCGCCAUCGGCUGGCCCAGUGAUGACGGGCUGGGGCUCUUCAGUCGCUGGGUCAGCACGCGGCGGGGUCUCGCGGUGGCCAUGGAUGAGGAGGCGGGGACGCGACUGCAUUUGGUGGACAAGAGGGUUACGGAUCCGAGGAAGGCUACGUUGAAGGCGGAGGCGGUGAAGCCUCAGCAGUCGAAGAAAACGGAGCCCUACUACAAGGAGGCACACCAGGCGGCUACACAGCGCAAUAGGAGGUUGGAGGAAAUAGGGACCGAUGUGAAGUUCUAUGGGGAGAAGCUUUCUGAGAUACGGAAGUCAGACAAGGCUGUCAAGGAGGAUCUGUUUAAACCUCUCACUGCUGAGGAGGAAAAGGAACUUCAUGACUGUUUCUAUGGUAGAGGCCCGAGUAGCAAAGUCCUAGUGCUGCAUGAACCAUCUAACAUUGAGAUUAGCAAAGAGAAAUUCCAGUGCUUGAGGCCCCGUUGCUGGUUGAAUGAUGAGGUUAUUAACCUGUACCUUGAAUUGUUGAAGGAGAGAGAGAUAAGAGAACCAAUAAGGUUUCUGAAAUGCCAUUUCUUUAAUACAUUCUUUUAUAAGAAGCUUGCUUGUGGAAAAAAUGGUUAUGACUACAAAUCUGUUAAAAGAUGGACCUCCCAUAAGAAGUUGGGAUAUGAACUCGUUGAAUGCGAUAAAAUAUUUGUCCCUGUGCAUAAAGAUGUACAUUGGUGUUUAGCAAUUAUAAACAUGAAGGAAAAUACGUUUCAGUAUCUUGAUUCCCUUGGUGGCAUGGAUCAUAAUGUACCAAGAGUACUGGCUCGAUAUAUUUCAGAGGAAGUGAAGGACAAAAGUAACAGAGUAAUCAACACCAGUUCGUGGCAUGAAGAGCUAGUAGAUGGUAUUCCUUUACAGCAGAAUGGGUGGGACUGCGGUAUGUUUAUGCUCAAGUACAUUGAUUUCCACAGCAGAGGACUGCCCCUGUCUUUUAGUCAGGAACACAUGGAAUAUUUUAGGAAGAGGACAGCGAAGGAGAUCUUAAGAUUAAGAGCUGACUGAUGGGAUGGACAUCCAUCUCUUUUUGGAAUAGAAGCUGACUUUUUAUACUGUGUUUUGGGAAUUAGAAUAAAUAAAAGCUGCUAAAUCAAGGCAAUGUGCAUUGUUGAGCAUGCUUCUAACCUGUAAACCCUUUAUUGGUUGUUUGUCACGGGGUCAUGUACCUGAGAAGAUUGGUAAUGUGGCCCUGAUAAUGUAAAUACCAUAGAUUUUCUGUAGAGAAAUCUUGUUUAGGGAUUUGGCUUGGAGAAGCAGUGAGGGGGAAAUAGGUGUAGCUACACUGAUAUUCGUUGUUGGUUAUAGGUUGUUUCAGAUUAUUUUGUUCAAGGGGUAUUAUUUUGCAGCCAUGUUUUUUUUUGACAAGAUUGCAUCCAUGGUUGUAUUACUUAA